AUUUAGGUUUUAUUGGUGAUCGCUGGUACUGCACUCGCCCAAAAUCAAUAUCAGGGCCGCCAGCAACAACAAUACCAAGAUGAUGAUCAACAGAGACCGCAAAACAAUGACAGGCAGCAAUUCAGCACAACAACGUUUAUUCCAAUCUUGCAGUGGAAUAAAGAGCAGGAACAUGAUGGAACAUACCGAGCAAGCUAUGAGACUGGCAACAAUAUAAUCUCUGAAGAGAGUGGAUACAUCAAGAGUUCAGGCGAGGGUGAAGACAAGAUCGAAUCACUGGUACAAAUGGGAAGCUACUCUUACACAAGCCCUGAAGGUCAAUUAAUUUCUGUGCAUUACACUGCUGAUGAAACUGGAUUCCACCCCGUUGGUGACCAUAUUCCAACACCACCACCAGUCAGCGAAGAAAUCCAAAAAGGACUGGAUCUUAUUUACGCUGGGAUCAGAAAGCAACAGGAAGAGUCAGCACAUGAACAACAGUUGAAACAACAACAACCUUACAACCAACAGAUCGACAGACACGAAGACAACAAAAAAUACCGUCUGUAA